CGCGAGGUGUAAAGAGCAGAUCCGGUCUCGUUUUUUAGCGCCACUGGCCCAAGGUUGCCCACAGUUUGAGCGCUUUAUCAUCUUGAAUUCCACUCACUGUCUCAUUCUCCCUCGACUUCUUAAUGUUCAUGGAUCCAUUUCCGCUGCAACUCAACUCAUCUUUGACGAAAACAAAUCGUUCCUGAAACUCUUCUCUGUUAGUCUUCUUCACUGAAGCCUUCAUGGCUGCCAACCUUUCGCUACUGCAAGUUGCAUCUGUCCCGACAAAAUCUUUUCAAACCAAAUUGCACGCAAAAAGAUUGAGACCCACCACAACCACCUCAACUUAUCCUACCAGACUGAAUGGGACCUCUUGCUACUCCACCAUUACUUGCUCCUCUUCAAAUGGGCGGAAACCUAAUUCAGGUGGCGAUGGAGUCAAGAGCGUUGAGCGGCUUCUCGAGGAGAAGAAGCGGGCAGAUUUGUAUGCCCGAAUUGCUUCCGGUGAAUUCACAGUACAGAAAUCUGGUUUUCUGUCCCUGUUGAGGAAUGGUCUGUCGAAAUUGGGCGUUCCGCGGGAAUUUCUUGGUUUCUUAUCGAAGUGGACCGAUGACCCUGAAGAGAAUCCGAAGAUUCCAGAGGCCAAAGGAGCUAUCAAGGCCAUACGGGGUCAGGCCUUUUUCAUCCCCUUGUAUGAGCUUUACCUCACUUAUGGUGGAAUAUUCAGGUUGACAUUUGGUCCUAAGUCCUUUUUGAUAGUUUCUGAUCCUUCUAUAGCAAAGCAUAUACUGAGGGACAACUCUAAGGCUUACUCAAAGGGUAUCUUGGCAGAAAUUUUAGAUUUUGUCAUGGGGAAGGGACUGAUUCCAGCCGAUGGGGAGAUUUGGCGUGUUAGACGGCGGGCUAUUAUCCCUGCAUUACAUCAGAAGUAUGUAGCAGCUAUGAUCAGCCUCUUUGGACAAGCUGCAGAUAGGCUUUGCAAGAAGCUAGAUGCUGCUGCAUCUGAUGGGGAGGAUGUAGAGAUGGAGUCACUUUUUUCACGGCUGACAUUGGACAUAAUUGGCAAGGCUGUCUUUAAUUAUGAUUUUGAUUCUUUAACAAAUGAUACUGGAAUAGUUGAGGCUGUCUAUACGGUCUUGCGAGAAGCAGAAGACCGCAGUGUUUCACCUAUUCCAUUCUGGGAUAUCCCUAUAUGGAAGGAUUUGUCACCACGUCAAAAGAAAGUUCGAGUGGCUCUCAAGUUGAUAAAUAAUACACUUGACGACCUGAUUGCGAUAUGCAAGAGAAUGGUAGAAAAAGAAGACCUGCAGUUUCAUGAAGAAUAUAUGAAUGAGCAAGAUCCCAGUAUUCUUCAUUUUCUUUUAGCAUCAGGGGAUGACGUUUCUAGCAAGCAACUUCGUGAUGACCUAAUGACAAUGCUUAUAGCUGGGCAUGAAACAUCUGCUGCAGUUUUAACAUGGACCUUCUAUCUUCUUUCUAAGAAUCCUAGUGUCAUGUCCAAGCUUCAAAAUGAGGUUGAUUCUGUCCUAGGAGAUCGGGUUCCAACUAUUGAUGACAUGAAGAAGUUAAAGUAUGCAACCCGAGUCAUCAAUGAAUCCUUGAGGCUCUAUCCACAGCCUCCUGUCCUGAUUCGACGAUCUCUUGAGGAUGACAUGCUUGGAAAGUACCCAAUAAAAAGGGGUGAAGAUAUUUUCAUUUCUGUUUGGAACUUGCAUAGAUGCCCUAAUCAUUGGACUGAUGCAGAGAAGUUCAAUCCUGAAAGGUGGCCCCUAGAUGGACCAAAUCCAAAUGAGAUCAACCAAAAUUUCAGUUAUUUGCCAUUUGGUGGGGGACCGCGCAAGUGCGUGGGGGAUAUGUUUGCUUCUUUUGAGACUGUAGUGGUGCUUGCAAUGCUUGCUCGCCAUUUCAAUUUUCAAAUAGCUCCUGGUUCACCUCCAGUUGAGAUGACCACAGGAGCAACCAUUCACACAACUGAGGGGUUGAGAAUGACAGUUACCCGAAGAAUAAAGCCUCCUAUUAUUCCCACCUUGGAAAGAUCAGUUGUAGAAGUAGAUGGCAAUAAUCCUCUUAAGGAGCCAUCUCAAACAAUGGUUUCAUCUUUGAGCAUCUCGGGAAUGGACCAGCAACUUGAUCAGCCAAAUCAGGUCUCUCCUGCUCAUUCCUAAUAAACAUGGCUUGCCAGGUUCAAUCCAUACAGUAUCAGAUUUAUCUCAGUGGAAGAUUAACAGUUGAAGUUCGAGAUUCCCCUGCCUUCUCUCUCCAUCUGAAGCUUCAGAAUUGUAAAUUGUAUUAUAAAUGGUUCGUUGCAAAAUUAAAAAAAAAAGGUAUUGUGUUGUGCAAAGCAAUUAAUUCCUCGUUGGGAGAGGUUUAUUGUUAUACCUCGGCAUUUUUUCCUUCUUCCUGGUGAUGAUUGAUAACUAAUGAGGUCUGCUUAGAAAAUUCAUCAUGGAAGGAGGUAUCGUAAGGCAUUCCAUGUUCAGUUUGUUAGCUUCGGUGCUGUAGUUGCAUCAAGCUCAGAGAGAUGGGACAAAAACUUGCAUUCUCUAACUCUGCUAUCAAUCUCGAUAGCUACAAAGAUAAAUAGUAUUUCUAUUGUCAGAUAACCUUUUUCAUCAGGAAACGACUGAAAAGACUGAGCCACAUGAGGUAGUCCAUGUUCAGUUGACAUUUGACAAAGGAUCAGCACAUUUUUUCAUCAGAAAUAUAUUUUGCAAUUACUGAUUCGAUCAAGAA